AUGAAAAAGGUACAGAUCGAUUGGGCAAAACGCCUCAACAUAAUACAAGGGAUAGCUAGAGGACUUGUCUAUCUCCACCGCGAUUCCUGUUUGAGGAUUAUUCACCGAGAUCUCAAAGCUAGCAAUAUUUUGUUAGAUGAAGACAUGAAUCCAAAAAUCUCGGAUUUCGGGUUGGCAAGAUCAUUCAGGGUGACAGAAGAACUAGCAAAUACUCAUAGGGUUGUGGGAACCUUUGGUUAUAUGUCACCUGAAUACGUCAUGAGAGGACUAUUUUCUGAGAAGUCGGAUGUUUAUAGCUUUGGAGUAUUACUGUUAGAGGUUGUUAGUGGUAGGAGAAACUGUGAAAUCCAUAACAAUGAAGAAAAUUUCAGCCUUCUCAAUCAUGCAUGGCAAUUAUGGAUCGAAAGCAGGGAAGUUGAUCUAAUAGACGAAUCAAUUUCCAACUCGUGUUCGUUUACAGAAUCUCUACGGUGCAUAAGGAUAGGGCUGCUUUGUGUGCAGGACCAUGCAUCAGACAGACCUACAAUGUCAAAUGUAGUGUUGAUGCUUUGCAGUGAAACAGAUAUUCCUCAGCCAAAACAACCCACUUUCACAUUCCAAAGGUUGUUGGAUUCUGAUUCCAGGUCACACAGCUCCAGAAAUGAAAUCACUGUUUCCAUGACUGAAGGCAGAUAG